UGGGAAAUGACGUUUUUAAUUUUAUAGGCAGACUGUAAACAGAAACAGAGGUAGACCUGCUGUGGCUGACACGUGUCGUGUUAUUACAUUUUUUCUUUCUAAAAUUGUUUUGCUUUUGUUUAUAAAGUGGAUUAUUUUAAACUCAGUUUAUGCAUGUAUUGUGAACGUAUAGGGGAAGCUACAUUUGAGGCCUUGAGACUAAUGUUAUGAUAACGCCAGGGUACUUGUUUCAUAAGAUGGUGUUUUAAUUGUAGAUUUUGCACCGAAGGGUCAAAGAAUGUUAACUAGAAAUACGACUAAAGCGGUCAGAACAAACAUAUCUGCGCCAAGUGCCAAACAACAGACAGCGGCAGUUUUAAAACAAAAAGCACAACAAAUAGUCAAAGCAGAGUGCGACCAAGAUGUAAACAGAUCCGAGAUUUUGGGCAAGCGACAUUACCUUUCUACAAAACUUAAAACUGCAGUUUCUCAGGCACAUCAAACUCAGGCCUGCCCAACAGAAGAAACUGGCAACAUUCAAGUGAAGACCAGGAGAAAGAGCAUCAAGGUUGAGUAUGAUUCCACAGCAGGAACCGACCCAAAAAAAAUCCUGUGGGAACCCCAGGACUGGAUCAAGCAGCUGAACAACAUCCGGGAGAUGAGGAAGAACAAGGAUGCACCAGUGGACCUGAUGGGAGCUGGGAAAUGUUUCGACCCCAGAGCAGCUCCUCCGGUUAUCCGAUACCAGGUUCUGAUAUCGCUGUUGCUGUCCAGCCAGACCAAGGAUGAGGUGACAGCUGCAGCCAUGACGAAACUUCAAGCUCAUGGGCUGUCUGUGGAAAAUAUUGUGCAAACUGAUGACAAGACUUUAGGGGAGCUGAUCUAUCCUGUUGGGUUUUGGAAGAGCAAAGUGAAGUACAUGAAGCAGUGCUCAGAGAUACUCCAGGAACAGUACAAUGGAGAUAUUCCUGACAAUGUGACUGACCUUGUGAAGCUGCCUGGAAUUGGACCCAAGAUGGCUCAUCUCACCAUGAACAUUGCCUGGAACACCGUGUCUGGGAUUGGAGUCGACACCCAUGUCCAUAGGAUCGCGAACCGGCUGAGGUGGAUGAAGAGAGAAACGAAGACCCCGGAGGAGACAAGAGUGGGGCUGGAGGACUGGCUGCCCAGGGACCUGUGGAGUGAAAUCAACUGGUUACUGGUUGGUUUUGGUCAGCAGGUCUGCCAGCCAGUGUACCCUCGGUGUUCAGACUGUCUCAACCGGGACAUCUGCCCCUCGGCAAACCUAAAAAAAACAAAGCUCAAGACUCCUUCAAAUGCCAACAAGGGUCGAUAAUGCAGGCCCCUUGUUGCUUUUAGGACUGGAAUUGCCCUUCCUUUGGUUAGUGCAUAGCCAUUACAAUGUUCACUUUAAAUGUAUAUUUUGGCCUUAUACAGUAUGUGUGAUUUAUACAGUAUUGUACACUGUAAUAGUUUUUCUUACUGUUAUUUCUUGAAAUUAAAUAUUAAAACAACCUUUAAAUUGUAUUGAAAAUGUUCCUACAUUUAAGUUAAAUACCCCAAUUAAAGGACAGGAAAUGUGAAAAUUAUUGUUGUUUAAGUAAAAGGAAAAUAUGAAAUGCGGUGUGGGAGGCCUUUGAAUGACACAGUCAGGUUUGUCAAAAUAAAAAAGGCGCAACCAUGUUCAUUUACAAACGAGCACAAAACAAAAAGAUUUAUUGUCCCUUUAAGACACACUAUUUACAAAUAGGUCAUAAGAGGAGUGCACAUAAUACGAUAUGGUCCUUCAAAUACCACCGUCCUGUGCUUGGCCAGUUGUAAUCUCUGCUAUCCUGCUUAGUGUAACAAGCAAAAGGACACAGUAAAGUUUAGACCUUCAUUCCGCACGUAGGUGCUUUCACUCCUCUGUAGCUGGAACACUGUCCUGACCAGUGCAGAGGCUACCCUUUUUGUAUACCUUAGCUCCACCCCCCAAACCCAUUACCUAGAAUUGGAACACAUGGUACAUCUGUUCCCCUCUACCAGCCUCCUAGCAAGCCGACACCUACAGAAUGUUAAUCCUGCAGUUGCCAGAGCCUGUGGGAUGGACAGAUGCCUCCCGUUCCCUUUGCCGGUCGGAGGUGAACUUUUCAGUGCAGGGAAUUCAUCUACCUUGUCACAGGGUAUUAUUGUGUGGAGUGUAAUUAUAGCACCUUAUUUAAUAGGUCACUAUAGAGUAUAGUGAGUAAUCACAAAGAAAAAAAUACCUCAUCAUGUUGAAAUAAGGCUGACAUAACAAAGUAUACCAUGUUGUCUCAAGAUGUAUACAUCGCUACAUUUCUUCUUGCCUGUUUAAUUCCAUAGAGGAAUACAGUUCCAAGUCCUUGAAUCAGAAGUCUGUGCACAUGUGCAGUGAGCAUCACUGCCCUUCAGGGGCUUGUUUUCUAUAAAAUAGGGACUCUCUUUUGUAU